AUGCUAUGAAUAGAUGGAUCAUCACUUUGCAAGUACAAUUCAAAAUUAUUAUUGACUCUUUUUUUCAGUAAAACAUAUAUUAUGGGCUGUUCAGCGUCUUCUAAUACCAGCACAAGCAGUAGUUACCACAAUUAUGGUCUCGAGUACCACGACAAAAAUGUCAACGGCAGCCCAGGCUUACGGCUCAUGGCGAGCAAGCUACAUUUCAAGCUCGAGCAAUUGGAAAAACUCAAUCAUUACUUCAGCGAGAUCGCCAAAUCUGAUUAUUUACCAGGUCCUCCAGACGUCAUUUCUGCGGAAGCCACAGUCGAACGUUUAGUGCAACGUCUUGUAGCUGGUGUAGGCAAUAUCGAUCGCAGAUUUUCUUCAGCUUUUCUCGUUUCACUUAACGAUCCACGAAAAAUCAAGCAACUGAAAUUCGAGUAUCUCUUUCGACUGGACGCCCUGUCGUCGCCGUCGACGUCGCUGGCGAAUUCCAUCGACGAGGUGUCGCUGUUUCUCGAGGAAGACACGGGACUGGCGGGCUUCGCGAGAUUGAGAUUGCGCAGCGGUACCGGCGGACCCUGGACCGAAUUCAUCGGCACCGAUGGUCGACUCAGGCGCGAUCUCAUAAAAGCUCGAGUCGCUGCUCUCCUGGCAGUCGCGUCGAAACAUGGCGCAGCCAACGGGAUCGACGAAAAUCUAUGCAUCACUCCUGGUCAAGUGGUCGAUGCCAACGUCCUCGACAAAAUUUUAAAGCAACCUCAGCACUGCCGAAUAUUUUAUGGACCAGAAUCGAGUCUACCCGAAAUGAGCGAGCAUCGCGUGGUCAUAGUGGAAGACGAGAGCUGCAUCGUGAUCAAGAUCGGCCUGACCGACCCGAGGAGCCAGCAGUCGAUGGACGUUCGAGUGCGUCUUCUGAUCGGCGUAGGCGUCGACUCGUGGCCAGUUUGCGCCGAUUAUCCUCGUCGCGUGCCGCUGCAUCACUGCGACGCCUUGCUGCACUACGAGGCUGCCCAAAGCGGCAUGUACGUGGUCGCCGAGGCACCGCAGCAAACUCUUAGAUGCGAGGACCGCUCGAGCUUGUGGCGAGUCAGGCUACCCGCAGCCGAAACGAUUCUGCGAGGACAUUAUUCGGAUGAGAGCGUACCUGCCUUAACCGAGGCCGCCCUGAUGAGAGUUCUGGAACAGCUCAGGGGCGAGCGCCAUAUCGAUUUUUCGAUACGCUGCAAGGGCUCGUUGCGAUUGGUGUCGCGUCACAUCCUGAGGACCAUCGAAUUGUGGUCACUGGAGCGCAUGGAACCGGAUCUUUUGAGAAAUUGGGCACCCGACACUCUUUCUUAUCACGUUCUUUGGUCUCUGGACGAGCUGCUUCGCAGCCUCAAGUGCCAGAAUUUGAGGUGCUACUUUCAACCUCGCUGCAAUCUAAUGCUUCAAUGUACUCGAGGUGGAAAAUUAUUCUCCGACGAGUCUUACUCCCAGGAGGCACGCAUAAUCGAGUCGUAUCUGCGGGCGGUGCAUCUGUACUCGACUGAGUGGCUGUCCCUGCAGCCGGAGCGCUGCCUGUCGACGAGCGAGCUGCUCGAGCAGUCGCUGCUGGUGCGCUGGCGUCGAGUCGUCGCCACCCUGCCGCGAUCCAGCUCCGACGCGCAACAGCGCCGCGGAACAACGGCUGCCGGCUGGGAGGAGGCCUACGGGACUCGUCAAUUGCAGUAUCUCGGCUGCGUCAUCGACCAGGUGCUGCUGGCUAGAAAUUGCACCCUCUUGCAGAAAAAUAGCCCCGAGCGCUACGAGGCCAUGUUCGACAACGAGUGGCUGGACGUGUCGGAGAGCACCGAGAACCUGAUCUACGUGCUGCGUCUGGUGCUGAGACAGGCGAAGGAUCAGAUGCUGAUCGCUACUGCGGGGGCGACUGCCAAGCGCAACAAGAAACGACGUCGACGCCGUCUCGUCGUGCUGCAGCGUAACAAGCGCGCCGUGCCCCCAACGAAAGCCGAGCGAACGGCGAGCUGCGCCAAAGCUUAUUUCGAGAAAGCCUGCGAUAUGCUCGUCGAUGUCGUGAGGAAAGAUCGCGACACGGCGUACCUGGAUUUGGAUGAUCCAACUAUCAUGGCUAAGGCUUUGCUCAAGUGGCUGUAUUUCGGCAUGAAUCAGGACAAAAAAGUGCUCGCCCCGAUGCUGCGCUCGCAUCUGAACAAUCUGUACCACGCCACGCUGGAGCUGUGCUGGCAUCUGGAAUGCUGGCACAAGCGACGAGAGGCGUACAAUUCGGAAAUGCGCUCCCUCGGCGCCUACUGCAAACUGGUCAGCUCGAGGGAGAUGUUGCCCGCUAAUGGAAUCGUUGAUGCGCUCUCCAAGGGCUGGCAGUGGGCCGACAGCGUGGCCCGGAUGAUCGAGCGCUCGGUCAAACAAGGAGCUCGCUUGCGACUGAUUUUUGUUACACCCGAGCGUGUUCUGAGGUAUCAUAUGAAAUUUGCCAAUGAUCAAGAACCUAAUUCAUAUGAAAUGUGGUGUAAAGCCAGAAACAUCGGGAAUGUUGUAAGGCGUUCCAGUAUGGCUAGAACGACUCUUUUGACAGCCACGGAUACUCUUCCCGGGCUCGAAAGUCCGUUACAUCAAAAUUAUCAUAUCAAAGAAUCAGAAGCUACGGAUCACAUAGCCUUGAGAGAUUACAGUCCUUUGACGCUGCUCGUGCAGUCCACGUCGAGACGUCGCGGUCGUCAAAGGGGCCCGGGCGGCUUCGUUCCAGCUUUGGUGAGCCUCAACAAGUUCCGGGUGCUGCAAGAGGUAGCUCAAGUACUGCCGCCGGCGGAGCGCACCAAAUUGUUGGACCUGACGCAGAGAGCCAAACGCGAAUCGGCGCGACGUCUGCGACGCGCCAGUUGUCCCGAUCCGGCUCGAGAGACGGGCCAGAAUCGACAGUUGUACACGCCGAGAUCCGAAACAAACUUGCUCGACGAGAAAACUACAACGACGAUCGAUGAUUAUUCACCUGGAAAGAAUCAGCGGCGCAUCGUGCUGGAACGCCAAUUACAGCUGCAUCAGGAGAUUUCGGAAAUUCGCGAUACCUUGACGAGGGGCUUGCGCAGCAGAAGCCAGCUACCCUCGGUUUGGAACGAUCCGACCGCCACGAUGUCUUCCUGGGGCUCGAGGGCAGGUACGCUCGGUCCGACAACGCGAUCAAAGAAACAUCGCGCUCCCGUCUGGAAUCCCGCUCGAGGCACGUCACCGUUGUGGAACAGCGUCAGUUGCAGCAGUACCUUUACAAAGAUGCAGCAGCAGCAGCAGGAUCCCAGCAGGUCAGACGAGUCAACUUUUAAAGUAUCCGAUAGAUCUUCCAACGAUAAUUGGUAUAGCGGUGGCAGCGCCAUUAUGAAAAUGAAAAAUGACGAUGCAACUCCGGAACAAUUGCCCUCGUGGGAAGUUCUCGAGCGAGUUUUGAACGAAAAGUUCAACACUUACGAGUACCACAAAUCUACCGGCGCGGGUGGUGGUGUCUUGCCGCCGCCGUUCGACGACGCCAAAGAUACGAGCUUGGAUUACGUCCUGAUUAGCAACGACACAAAGGAGAGCUCGAGAAAACAAUUUUCGUAACUUAUUAUUAUUACUAAACAAAAAAGUAACAAUGAUUAUGCACGCGUAUACAUGUAUAACAAAACUAUUCAUCAUCGUGAAAACACAUUAGGAAGAUCUCUGUUAGAAAAUGAUUUUAAUCACG